UCUCUCUGUGUCGCGGCGCUGGGUUGGAGCCGCUGUCCCUGGUCUGGCACGUUCCCUUACAUUUCUGUGUUAAAUUUGAUGCCCCCCCUUUUUUGAUUCGACAAUUUGCGACGGCAUUUAAAAUACCUACACGGGCAUCUCCAUACCGGUGUUUUUUUUAAUAAGCAUUUGUCAAAUAUACUCUUUAUCCUGUAAAAUGGCGGUGUUAAGCGGGUCGUCUGGGCCGGUUGCCCGGCUUGAGGGCCGUGAAUUCGAAUACUUGAUGAAAAAGCGCUCGGUGACUAUCGGUAGGAACUCGUCUCAGGGCUCGGUGGAUGUGAGCAUGGGUCAUUCCAGUUUUAUUUCUCGAAGACAUCUCGAAAUAUUCACUGUUAGUGACGAUAGCACUGGUGGUGGAGACUUCUACUUGCGAUGCCUCGGCAAAAAUGGGGUGUUCGUGGAUGGAGUGUUCCUCAGACGGGGUGCUCCUCCUCUACAACUACCACGAAUGUGCAUUUUCAGGUUUCCCAGCACAAACAUCAAGAUCACAUUCACAGCCCUGUCCAGUGGAAAGAGGGAGAAGCGUGAGGCGCCUGAGUCUCCAGUAAAACCAGUCCACAUUUCUCCACUCACCAUAAACAUUCCAGACAACAUCGCCCACCUCAUAAGCCCCCUGCCCUCACCCACCGGCACCAUCAGUGCUGCCAACUCGUGCCCCUCCAGUCCCAGGGGAGCGGGCUUGUCCGGCUACAGGAUGGGACGCAUCGUCAGCUCUGCAGAGCUACAGCUCAUAAACGACAACUCCCAGUCAGAGAACGACAAGGAGGCCUCAGGAGGGGACAGCCCCAAGGAUGAUUCCAAACCGCCAUACUCAUAUGCACAACUGAUAGUCCAAGCCAUUACAAUGGCACAGGACAAGCAGCUCACGCUAAACGGAAUAUAUACUCACAUCACCAAAAACUACCCCUACUACAGGACUGCAGACAAAGGCUGGCAGAACUCGAUCCGUCACAAUCUGUCACUGAACCGCUACUUUAUUAAAGUAGCCAGAUCGCAGGAGGAACCGGGCAAGGGCUCGUUCUGGAGAAUAGACCCGUCCUCAGAGGGCAAGCUCAUGGAGCAGGCCUUCAGGAAACGAAGGCCGCGGGGUGUGCCCUGCUUCAGGACCCCCCUCGGACCCCUCUCCUCCAGGAGUGCCCCAGUCUCCCCUAAUCACUCUGGGGUGCUCUCGGCCCACUCGAGUGGGGUGCAGACCCCUGACAGCCUAUCCCGAGAGGGUUCCCCUGUCCCCAUGGAACCAGAGCCCGCUCCGGCCCCGCCCCCUGCCACAGCAGUCCAACCCAAACUAGCUGUCAUCCAGGAGGCCCGCUUUGCACAGAGUACACCAGGCUCCCCUCUCAACAGUCAGCCAGUGCUCAUCACGGUUCAGCGUCAGUUACCUCAGACCCUAAAGCCGGUGACCUAUGCCGUGGCCACGCCUGUGACUACCAGCACCUACCAGAACCAGCAGCCCGUCAUGCAGACGGUGCACGUCGUCCACCAGAUCCCUGCCAUGUCUGUCACCAGCGUGUCCGGGCUCAGCACCGCCAACACCUACACAGUGGCCACCCCCACCAUGGUCACGCUCCAGGCUGAGCCCCAGGAGAACGGAGACUACUCAGAGGCCAAAGUGAAAGUAGAAUCUGUUCCAACCAUCUCCCACGCCUCUAUAGGCGGUGGCAGUCGCAUCAUCCAGACGACCCAGUCGGCCACGCCCUUACAGACGCUGACCUUAGUGCAGCAGCCCCUGGGCCAGCACCAGCUCCCCAUAAAGACCAUCACACAGAAUGGCACCCACCUGAUGCCAAUGCAGGCUGCUGCAGCCACAGCUGUUGCGAGUCCUCUCCACUUGCUGGCCACUCACGCCUCCGCUUCAGCCUCCCUCCCGACCAAACGACAGAACGGCGCCCAGGCAGCCAGCGAUCAGCCCAACGCUAAGCGCAUCAAAACAGAGGAAGGGGACAGCGCCACCCGCGCAGCAGAUACAGACUCGUCGGCAGCCAAUGACCAAGCCAGCAACCACAACUAGUCUUCUGCAUCAUCACCACCAUCUUGUUUUUUUUCUCUCCUUUCCUACCAUUUAUUUCUCCCUUCUUCCAUUGACUCCCAAGGUGCCAAAAGGAGAAGAUUUUCAGUUUGGUUUAACCAUUGUAGAGGAUUGGAAAAUAUGACCACCCCUUAAAAAAAGACUGAAGAGAACAUUUAGUUGAGAUUUGAAAAAAGGACAACUAGGACAAAGAAGAACUCUAAUUUGAAGGUCCCCUGUGAGACAUCGCCACGGAGGAGGAGGAUGACGACUACUCCAAGACCACAGGAAGCCUUAACAACAAUUAACCUUUAACAUGAUGAGCUGAACUUUGACCACCUGCAGCGAGCAGUUUGACUGAGGCCCAUGUUAGCCCGGCGGUCGCACGGUACCUGUCUCAACUACCUCAGUGCAGAUUGGGGGCCACGGUCAAGGGCACCACUCAACGGACCCAUGGGAUGACUGGAUGAGGUGACCAACUAGCAGCAUGACAAGCAUUUGACGCAGACAUGAAAUAUAUCAAUGAGUGCAUUCAGAAAAAGGGAUCAAAACAGUCGGAGCCAAUUCCUGGACCUUUGGCAGCUGGCCUUUAAUAUACUGACCUGGCCUUUCAUAUACUGACCUGGCCUUUCAUAUACUGACCUGGCCUUUCAUAUACUGACCUGGCCUUUCAUAUACUGACCUGGCCUUUCAUAUACUGACCUGGCCUUUCAUAUACUGACCUGGCCUUUCAUAUACUGACCUGGCCUUUCAUAUACUGACCUGGCCUUUCAUCUACUGACCUGGCCUUUCAUAUACUGACCUGGCCUUUCAUCUACUGACCUGGCCUUUCAUAUACUGACCUAGCCUUAUUGCAGCUCUAAGUAGUAAUGCAGUAUUUUGUUGUUCACAUGUGGACCAUAGGAUCUGUUUUGGAUGUAUUUUCAUUUCUAUAGGUAAAAAAAGUGCUAAUAAUUGAAAUGAAGAAAGCAUUACAGCAGUGGGGUCUGUCAUUUCAAUCACUCCACCUGAACUUCAACAUUCUCGCUGUUACUUUGUAUGUGGACUUUUUUCUGUUCAGUGUCCUUUCUUUUUCCAAUUCUAUCAAUGGAGUGUUUUUUCCCCCUGUCAAAUCCACGUUCUGUCAUAUCCAAAUCAAUUUGCUUUGUUACACUUACAUAUUUUCAUACUUGCACAGAUAACCAGUAAGAUAUGAACAUAUUAGUUGAACAUGUAGUUGAGCAAAUGCCUCCUCAUCGAGCUUUCAUGUAACCGACUACAGAAAAGUACCCGAGCCGUUAACGCUUGAAUCCUUAGUUGAAACUAUACCAAAGGGGUCACGCCACCUCUGUUUUUGGUCAAGCUGAGGGAUGGGCCUGGAGAAAUGUAACCACUCUCAGAUUGACAGACGGCUAUGGAUGCAAGGACUGACUAUCCAUGAUAUCAGAAUUGUGGUUUUAACCAUGUUUUGAGACUAUACCGUGCUUUAAAUUUACAUCGUUUACAAACAUUGGCGUAGAACAUGUUUAUAUUCUGAUGGGGUACGAGAGUUGAACUAAGCUCAUUAAGAAGUUUUUAUAAGUUAUUACUCAAGAAUCGAUGGGUAUAUAUCAUUCAUUUAAGUCAGAAAAUGGAUGUAGCAACUAAGGAUUCUAGCUUUAACUGUACAUUUAACAGAAGAAAAUAGCUGUUUAAAACCAGACCGGAUCUGCACUUGGUAAAAUGUUAAUUUUUUUCUCUCGUUAUCCUUGGCUGUGGUGACUUUGUGGUGUGGACAGACCCUUUGCUUGAUCAUUUUAUUCUGUUCCGACAACCUGACGAGUCUGUCUUCAGAUUGUAUAUGUUCCAAACUAAAGAAGAUACAAGUGAUGGAUAUUUGUUCCACUUCAGUGGAUAAAUGUUUUUUUUAUUUUAUAUAAAUUAAUUUAAAACCUUU